AUUAACUAACGCCAAAGUAUCAUUUUAGAGAGACUCUGUAGCAGAUUAACAUAUAGCAAUGGCAGUUCACUCUUCUUCAAAGCUCAACCUCAUUCUGUGCUUAUCAUCAACUCUUUUGCUACUUUCUUCUUCACAUUCUCAAGCUGAAUCUCAGUCUCUUCAAUACUGUGAAAAGAGUGCAAACUAUGCAGUGCAGAUCAGCAAUGUAGAAAUAUUACCUGAUCCUGUCGUCAGAGGAGAGCCAUUCACCUUCAAAAUCAAAGCUCAUACUGGUAAGCCAAUUCUUAGUGGUGAUUUAAUAUAUGAAAUUUCAUUUCCUGGGAUAGAAGAACCUGCUAUAUUUCACCAUGCUCUCAGUGAGGAAACACCACUUCCGGUCACUCCAGGCCACUUUUUGCUCACUCAUACUGAAUUAUUGCCUGCAUACACCCCGCCGGGUACAUAUAAUGUGAAGCUGACAUUUAAGGAUCAGAGCGAGAAGAGGUUAACUUGCAUUGUCUUUCCCUUCACCAUCGGUGCUAAAUCUUCAGUAUCUGCUAUUUAACUGUCUAGGACUAAUCUGAACUUAGAUGUAACUUCAGAUUUGUGUAUUGUUUAGUUUUGGUCCCAUAUGUGAAUGUGAACUAGCGAUGUGCCAUGCUACGGGCUAUGACAUGACUGAAAUGUUCGUUUAGUUAUAAUAAUAAAUAAGUUGCCCGAGGCGAAUUUAACUGUCA